AUGUCGAAGGUCGCUUUUAGGGAGAUCGUUACCAUGCGAACAGUGCAACCCGUCUACAAACAGGGCGCCCUGGAACGACUAAUUUGCCCCUCAAAAGAACCUCCCCGCCGAAACCCCGACGUCGUCCAGGGUAGUGCACUAGUGCCAGCUGGCUGCACCGACCCCAGUACCCUCGAACCCUCCAUGGAAAAGCAAAUGCUCCACCAGGGUAGAACCAUUGAUCAGAUUUCGAACUCGGUGAAUCACCUCCAAGACACAAUGUCAGAUCUCAAACAUUCUUUUACAGCACUUCGAAUCGAGUUAAAUGGACCGGGCCGAAAUCUGGGCGAAGGCUCCAUGCUUCAGGGACAAGACUUUGACAUGAUUGCUAUGGUGCUGAAGGAGCUUAAGUCCAAGUCUGACGAGAUCGAGAAAUUGAAGUUGGAGAUUGAGGCCCUGAAACUGAAGAAUCGCUACAUGGGAGUGACUCAGCCGCACCAACAAGAGUCAAUGUCAAUCAUGAACGCGAAUGCUGCGCUACCCGAAGUUCAGAGUCCUGGUUUGCUUCAAGCGGGCCGGAAACGUAACUGGCCUGACGCGUUUCCGGGCGAUCAGAGUCAGUCAAUCGCGGACUCUUUCGACGAAGACGACAUGGUGGAUGAAAUGUCGCUAUCAGAUCCGCCGAUUUACAGCUCUCGCGUUCCCCUCAAUGACCAACGCCGACCUGCAAUUACCAAUGGGCCGCCUGUAGAAAAGCAAUUCAAACCCCUAGAGGUGCAAAUGUCUGCUCGAGAGCCCCUAAAUACCGUCAACUCCUUUCAACCCCAAUCAUACACCCUGCAGCAGACCACGGCCAAACGCCCUCGGAUAGGUGCGCCACCUGAAGAUAACCCCCAAGCAGUCCCUCCGCAGCCACCAGCUGUUCCUCAAAGAAGACCCGGCAGACCGAGGAAAUCGAUCAGCCAACCCACCAUUCCCGACACUACCGACUCAACUAGUACGGAUCCUUCUAGCACGCAAGGGGAUGUCGAGUCAAACGGUCAACAAAACACAGUCAGACGACGCACGUCUCGUCGCAGCUUGCGUGCACAAUCCCUUGGUCCAAAUGUAAACCAUGAACUUGGUCAAGAGGGCCAGCAGAAGUCACAAGAAUUACCCAAGGCACCUCCUGAGACUCACCCGGCACCCAAUAAAAAGAGCAAGCGUAACACUGGCUCUCCCAAUGGGAAAAGAACUGGUGGUCCAGAUGACGACGGAGAUGAAGCCGCUAUGAAUGAGAAGCGGAAGGCUAAGGUCGCGGCGCGGGACGUCAUGGCCAAGAUGGCUCUACAGCAUGAGGAGGCUCUAGAGGCCGAGAAUGCACGAUAA